AUGGAAUUUGUGUUCAGUUCAUUAACGUACUUAUUGCUAAUCGUGUUGACCGCCGUGCUAUUGUUCCUGAUUCGAGACGAACUGAAAACGAAACCGGUAGACGACGUAGUCAAUAUGGGUCUAGUGGACGCUCCUGCUCCCAAAGCGUGGCCCAUAAUCGGACAUUUGUAUCUGAUGGCGCGAUACAAGGUACCGUACCGAGUGUUCGACGAAAUUAUGGCCGAUUUGGGUUCCGUUUUUCGAAUGGACCUGGGAUCGGUACCGUGCGUAGUCGUCAACGGGCUAAACAACAUCCGGGAAGUGAUAAUGAUCAAAGGGGACCACUUCGACAGCCGUCCAUCGUUCCGUCGGUUCAACCAACUGUUCAAAGGUGACAAGAACAACUGUAAGUAUCUAACUAGAAAAUAAAUCAAAUAUUAUAUAAAAUAUAUAUGCACCUAAUAUGUAUUAUAAUAAUAAUAAUAUUAAGGAUUUGACGAAUUUAUUAAACCCGAUUUGGUUUCUCGUAAUGUUUAGCUCUAGCAUUCUGUGACUGGUCCCAGCUACAAAAAACUCGGCGCGAGUUGCUGAGGGCUCACACAUUUCCCAACGCGACGUCCAACAUGUACGCCCGACUAGACAAGUGCUUGAAAACCGAACUAACUGAAAUAACGGACACAAUUGACGGCAUGGCCGACACCGGAUGCGUAGACCUGAAGAACAUUCUGCUGCACUCGUGCGCCAACGUGUUCAUGUCGUAUUUCUGUUCUACCCGGUUUUCCAGAACGUACGGCCGGUUUAGGGAGUUCAUCCGAAACUUCGACGACGUGUUCUACGAGGUGAACAUGGGUUCGCCGUGUGACUUUCUGCCCGGUCUGACGCCGCUGUACAGCUGGCACUUCCGCAAGAUACGCGCUUGGAGUUCGAAAAUCCGCGAAUUCAUGGAAACCGAGAUAUUCAACGCAAGGAAGGCGGCAUGGACGCCAGGAACCAAGCCAGUGGACUUUGUAGACAACUUGUUGGAUGCGGCCAUGCAGCCCGACCGGGACGACAGAUUCGAUUUGGACACCGGGCUAUUUUCGUUAGAGGACAUCAUUGGCGGCCAUUCGGCCAUAACCAAUUUCAUCGUCAAGACUCUGGGGUUCCUGGUGGACAGGCCGGACGUGCAGCGGCGCAUCCAAGAGGAAGCGGACGCCGUAAUCCGUGCUUCGGGAUCCAUCGGGCUGGCAGACCGUCCACAUAUGCCGUACACAGAGGCCGUGGUCUACGAAUCGCUUCGGCUAAUCGCCUCGCCAAUCGUGCCGCAUUUGGCGAACAGAGAUACGUCGGUCGACGGUAAGCAUCAGUCCCCCCAUCUCCAGGGACUAUAAUAGUGUAAUAUUUACAUGUGUAUACCGUUGUAUUGAUAUUAUAUUUUUAUUGUCACCGAACAGGCGUGAGAAUUCCGAAAGGCACGACUGUGUUCCUGAACAACUAUAGUCUGCACAUGAGCACGGAAUUAUGGACGAACCCCGAACAUUACAGCCCGGAGAGGUUCAUAAAUGCCGAGGGAAGGCUGGAGAAACCCGAAUACUUUAUACCGUUCAGUGGCGGCAAGCGAUCGUGCAUGGGCUACAAGUUGGUGCAGUUACUGUCGUUCUGCACAAUCGGCACGUUGCUGAGCAAGUACACGCUGAUGCCAGUCGAAGACGUGUCAUACGCCGUGCCCAAAGGAAACCUGGCCCUGCCGUUCGUCACGUUUCCAUUCAGAAUCAGGCCCAGGAGUCUGAAAAAACAGUAA